GAGAAAAAAAGAGCGACAAACUUUAAAAUUGUGUUGGCCAAACCUGAAACUGACUAAUCGGGUAAGGGGGGUAGUGGCUCAGUGAGAGUAAAUUGAGCACGCGUCUUGGCCUGUUAGUGGAUGGAUUCCAUUCCGUGGCUUGUUUCGAAAAGUGCGGCCUGCAAGCUCGUUGUCCUCACACAGACUUUAAAUUUGUUUGAUUUGAAUGACUAGAUAAUCAGAUAAUCGCCAUUUAGAAGCUGUGUGAGUGGUUCCUCCAGAGCAUUUUCCACGGUUAUCUCUUCAAUUAAACAUGUGACGUCGUUACAUCUUGGACUCUGCCGACUUUUGAGUGACUCCAGGGAGCAUUUACUUGAGGUGAAACCAUACAAGGACUGUCCAAGGCCAGAGAGAUCCAGUAUGUUAUCCACCAUGUUCAACUACCAGUAUCUGGGUCCGGAUAUUGUGGUGGGGUUCGACUCCUACAAGUAUAGCUGCAAGGACACGAGCCCUUUGUCCAACUAUGUCAUGCAUCCAUUUUGGAACCAGAUUGUCAAGCUCUGUCCCAGAUGGGUGGCCCCUAAUCUCCUCACGUUUGUGGGCUUUUUGUGUUGUAUAGCCCACAACGCUAUCACAGCCGUGUUUGAUCCCCAUUAUCAAGCUAGUGUCUUGGGAUCCGGAGCCACACCCAUUCCCUCAUGGGCCUGGGUCUUGGUCUCCAUCUUCCUAUUUUUGGCACACACCUUGGACGGGAUCGAUGGGAAACAAGCCCGAAGAACGGGCACAAGCACACCUUUGGGCGAGCUGUUUGAUCACGGGUGCGAUUCCUGGUCAACCUUGUUUAUCACGGCCACCUUCUACUCCGUGUUUGGCCGCAAUGGCGAUGGAUUCAGUGUGCCAGAGUUCCGGAUGUACUUCAUUCUGUGGAGCGUGUUCUUCGUAUUUCACAUUGCUCAUUGGGAGAAAUACAACACUGGGAUCAUGUACCUUCCCUGGAGCUACGACCUGGCCAUGCUUUUCGGGACUGUCCUGUACAUGAGCACGGCCUUUGGUGGAUUCGAAAUGUGGAAAGUCAAGCUACCCGGUGGCUACUCUGCCGGACCCGUUUUCGAAAUCAUCCUCUACGUGUGCUGCUACCUAAUCUCAUUUUUCAUGACCGUCAAGAAUAUCGUGAGCUCCUACCAAAACAAGACGGGCAAAAUGAAGCCUUUGCACGAGUGCAUCCGCCCCAUGGUCUCCUACACCGUGGCCUUUGUUCUGUGCAUGGGAUGGGUGAUCUGGUCCAAGAACAAUAUCUUGGAGAAUCAACUCCGCUUGUUCUUUUACAUGAGUGGCACUCUGUAUGCCAACAUGAGCUGUCGCCUCAUCAUUGCCCAAAUGAGCUCCACGCGUUGCGAGCUGCUGAACUAUCUCCUACUGCCAUUGGCCUUGGCCAUGGGCGUGUCAGUCUUCGGGCUCUUGAGCCUCAGCCAAGAGUGCUGGCUCUUGUUCGCUUUGAGUGCUCUGAUCACACUGGCUCAUUUGCAUUACGUGAUUUGUGUGGUGCGACAGAUGUGCGAUCACCUGAAGGUGGACUGUUUCCGGAUUUCGAGUGGAGGAGGCCCGACUGCGGAGCACAGAUCAAAAUCCAAGUAAAGGAAGACAGAUGUUUCUAGAGAGGUCAGAGCACAUGACUGACUGGGUUUGAGUGGUCUCAUUUUCUCACCUUCUCUCAGACAGACAGAAAAGCAGACAGGCUUUGUUGAACUCGAAACAUGAUCAUAUCAAUAUUACACAUAUAUUAUCAGUGUUGUUCAGUGUCAAGACAGCAAAUUGGCAAAACUACUUCAGUCAUUCUGUAACGUAUUGCUUCCAUGAUUGUUGAACAAUGCAACAAAUCAACCAACGCUGCUUAAGUCGUAACACAUUCUCAACGCCUUCCUAGUAGUAUGCUCUCCUUGGAUUAUUCUGAAAUACAAUUGAAUUUUUCGUUGAA